AUGAGCUUUAAAGGUUUGACAUUUUUGGGUGUGGUGGGGGUACCAGACACAAUGUCGAGCGGAAAAAAUCAAAAACAGACCAAGGAAGAUUAUCUAGUUACUCAAAUACUACUUCAGCUCACGAUCGGAGACCUCCUGAAAG